AGAUUCACCAUGAAGAGAACCAUCUUUACCAUCCUUACCACAGCUGGAAUAUUCAGUGGUAUUUUCGGCACAUCAGCAUGGUCAGUGAACAACUUUCUGAUGACAGGACCCAAGGCAUACUUAACAUAUACUACCAGUGUGGCAGCUGGUGCUGAGCUUGGAAUUGAAGAAUGUAAGCACCAAUUUCAAUGGGACCGCUGGAAUUGUCCAGAGACAACGCUUCAACUCUCCACUCACAACAAGCUUAGAAGUGCUACCAGGGAGACUUCUUUUAUUCAUGCCAUCAGCUCAGCCGGAGUAAUGUACACUCUCAGCAGGAACUGCAGCAUGGGAGACUUUGACAACUGUGGCUGUGAUGAGACAAGAACUGGACGCGUAGGUGGAAAAGGAUGGAUUUGGGGAGGCUGCACUGACAAUAUAGAAUUUGGCGAAAAAAUUUCCAAACACUUUGUGGAUGCUUUGGAGACAGGAAAAGAUAUCAGAGCUUUAAUUAAUUUGCACAAUAAUGAAGCAGGGAGAAUGGCUGUCAAAUCAACCAUGAAGAGGACUUGCAAGUGUCAUGGGGUGUCCGGGAGCUGCAGCCUUGAAACCUGCUGGCUCCAGCUUGCAGAAUUUCAAGAAGUUGGCAAUUACCUGAAGACCAAAUAUGACGAUGCUCAGAAGAUGGAGUUGGAUAUGAGCAGGUCCAGAGAAGGAAACAGCGCUGAGAGUCGUGGGCCUGCAUUCCGGCCCUUUAGCACUGUGCCAACCACUGAACUUGUCUUCUUGGAGGACUCUCCCAACUAUUGCAUCAGAAACCUCAGCUUUGGCCUCCAUGGCACCGAGGGACGGGAGUGUCUGCAGAGUAGCCAGAACGUAACCCAGGGGCCGAAGCGGAAUUGUAAGAGGCUCUGUGGGGAAUGUGGGCUGAAAACAGAGCAGAAACGGACAGCAAUGGUUAUCAGCUGCAACUGCAAGUUCAAGUGGUGCUGUUCAGUGAAAUGUGAACAAUGCAAACAAGUGGUCACCACGCAUUAUUGUUCCAGACGUGAGAGAUCUCCUUUCAAUAACACCCGCUGGCGGAACAGGGGAUAUGGGAGAUAA